UUUUAUUUUGAUUUGACCUAAGCUAUCAAAGUUUAUCAAAAGUUAUUGAAACUUUAAAAUUAACCAAGUGUUUACAACGGAAAAUAAUUUCUUAUAAUAAAACCAACGGUUAACUAAAUACACGUGAAUUUAAAACGUUUAAAAAUGGAAGUUUUCAAGUACAACGAAUUUAAAAAUGAUUUCGUUGAAGAUUAUGAUGAUAUCAAACUUUGUAAGGAAAUUGGAAAUGAUUUACCUGUUAUUAAUAAUUUGGACGAUUUAAUAAAAGAGUUAGAAGUGAUUUUUUCUAGUGAUAAAGUUAACAUUGAUUUGGUACAUUAUGUGAUGAAAUCUUACAAAUCUAAUCCAGCUGAUUGGAAGAAAUUUGCUAAAUUUGAUAGAUUUAGAUACACUAGAAAUUUGGUAGACCACGGCAACGGAAAAUAUAACUUGAUGACGCUUUGUUGGGGUGAAGGCCACGGUUCAGCGAUUCACGAUCACGCAAACUCUCAUUGCUUUAUGAAAAUGCUGCAAGGAUCGCUGGAAGAAAUCAGAUUUGCCUGGCCGAAAGAACAAGGAGAGCGAUUACAAGAAAUCGGAAGGAAACAGUUGAAUGUUAAUGACGUUGCUUAUAUAAAUGAUUCUAUUGGUCUUCAUAGAGUAGAAAAUCCUUCUAGUGUUGACACAGCAAUAAGCUUACAUCUAUACUGCCCACCGUACAAAAAUUGUACGGUUUUUAAUCAAAAUACUGGUUUUAAAUCUACCUCUACUGUGACGUUCUAUUCUGCUUUUGGAAAACGCAUCAAAGAAAAUAAAGAAAUUAUGGAACCAGAGGACAACUAGGUUUGAAGAAUGAAAAUGGAACAUAUGCUUAAAUCGUUUUACUUAUGUAACUAACUACCAAUUAAGCACACAGUGUAUUUUUGUUAAUUUUUUAAAUAAAAUAACUUACGAUUUUGACAUACAAUUUUAUUGUAUUUAAUUCAAAAUAAUAUUUUUUUCAGAUAAAGGAUAAAAUAAACAUAAAUGUACAAUUGAAGAGCUUAUUGGAAUAAUACGGUUAAAAUAACCUUUUAAAACGUCUGUAACUUUGUAACCUUAUUUUUUGUUGUGAAAUAAAAAUACCUUCAUUUUUAAAAGUGUAAAUUCUCACGUUUUUUACGGUAAGCCCUUCAAUUAUUGUUUCUAGUUUUAUAAAGCAAAAUAAUACCUUGCAAUGUUCUUUUAAUACCUACAGCAAGAGAAAGCGCAAUUACAGAAAUGUGGAGUUUUCUGACACGGAAGCAAAUUCGGUAUAUUGGACAGCGGUGCGUUGAUUUUAUACCAUUCUCCAGUUUCUUUAUCUUGUCGCCAGGUGGUAGCCAAUCGGGGCUUCCUCGACGUUUGUACCGAUUGACAUUUGACAGGUUUAUCAUUUUUGAUAGAUGAUAGUCGUGAGACGCACGCUUGAAAUUUAGAUGAUGCUACUUGAUUAAUAUUUUGUUCUUUAUCGUUCUUCAGUCUGUAAGUACAACAAGCUUUUCCUCUACAUGGAAAUGAUUUGUGUAUUUUCUUUCUAAAAAAAUU